GGGAGUCGGCACCGGCGACAAGACGGACAGCGCGCGCACGCCGGGGCCCGCGCCGCGCGCCUCGGCCCGGACUGCGGUCCCGCCGAGGCGACGCUGGGUCCCUCCGUCCUCGCUGCGCCACCACGAGGUGCCUGACGCCGAUGCUAAGCACGACGUCAUAUUCCGAAAGGUGCGCGGAAUUCUUAACAAACUCACGCCGGAGAAGUUCCAAAAGCUGAGCGAUGACCUGCUCGGCUUGGAGCUCGACUCCGACAAGGUGCUGAAGGGCGUGAUCCUCCUCAUCUUCGAGAAGGCGCUGGACGAGCCCAAGUACUCGUCUAUGUACGCGCAGCUGUGCAAGCGGCUCAGCGAGGAGGCGCCCAACUUCGAGCCCCAAGGGCAGCCCUGCACCUUCAAACUAUUACUACUCAACAAAUGUCGCACAGAGUUCGAGAACCGGGCUCAAGCCUUCGCCGCAUUCGAAGACAAAGCACUGUCGCCAGACGAGGAGGAGAAGCGUCACCUGGCAAAGUGCAAGAUGCUGGGCAACAUUAAGUUCAUCGGGGAGCUGGGCAAGCUGGAGAUUCUGGCGGAGUCCAUCCUGCACCGCUGCAUACAGAACCUGCUGGCGCGGCGCGCGGCCGCCGAGCACCACGAGGACCUGGAGUGCCUGGCGCAGCUGGUGCGCACGUGCGGCCGCGUGCUGGACUCCGAGCGCGGCCGCGGCCUCAUGGACCAGUACUUCGCCCGCAUCGACACGCUGUCCUGCAGCCGCGAGCUGGCGCCGCGCAUCCGCUUCAUGCUGCGCGACGUCGUCGAACUCCGCCGAGGCGGGUGGGUGCCCCGCGUAGCGACGGCGGCGGAGGGCCCGGUGCCGAUCCACCAGCUGCGCGGCGAGUCGCCGCCCGCGCGGCGCGAGCGCGAGCGCGAGCGCGAACGCGAGCGCGAGCGCGAGCCGCUGUUCCGGCGCUCGCGGCCGCUGGAAGACGUGCUGGCGGGGCUGGCGCUGCAGCCGACGGCGCCGCUGGUGCCGCCGCAGGACAAGCUGUUCGGCAACGGCUUCCGGGACGCGUACCGGCAGCGCUCGGCGCCCGGCUACUUCCCCCGGCAGCCGCACCACAACAAGCCGCAGCCGCCGCCCGCGCGCAACACCAGCAAGCGGGUCUACACCGGACAAGCUUUGCAGGACGUGCAGAUGCGUCCGGCGCCGAACUCGCUCAUGUUCUCGGCCAACCAGCUGCUGCGGGGCGCGGCUCCCGCUCCCGCCGCCCCCGUCCUCCCCGCCUUCGCCUCCGCCCCCGCCAUCGUCAAGGACCCCGCUACUAUCACCAUCAAGCCUGCGCAGGAUAAGAAGGACAAGCCCAAGAAAGAUAAGGGGGUGAACAAAGAAGAGGCGUGUCGACUAGUGAUCGCGGCGGUGGACGCGCUGGCGGAGGAGGCGGGCGCGCCGCCGCCGGAGGGCGAGGACGAGGCGGCGCGGGUGAGGGCAGGCGGGCUGCAGACGCUGCAGCUGCCCGACAAGAUCCUGCGCCGCGCGCUGCACGCCGCGCUUGAGCACGCCGCGCAGCCGCUGCCGGAAGGGUCGCCGCUGUCGCUGCGCGCGCGCGCGUGGGCCGCGUGCAGCCUCGUGCGGCUGUGCAAGCGCGCGCCCGUGUCCGACUGUCUGCGUGCGCUGCUGCUGGCCGCCGCGGACGACGACGAGCGGCUGCCGGCGCUGCUAGCUGAGGCGGUGCGCAACAAGCUGGUGUCGCUGGACGAGCUGGGCGGCUGGUGCGAGGGCGGGCAGCACGCGCUGCUGCUGAGCGUGCUGCAGCGGCUGUGCGCGCUGCUGGGGCAGGCGUCCGUGCGCGCGCUCAUCGACGACAGCAAGUUGAACCUGUGCGCGCUGGUGGCGGAGAGCGGCGGGCCGGCGGGCGUGGAGGACGCGCUGGCGGCCGCGCGCACGCUGGCGGCGCUGGAAGCGCGCGGGCUGGGCGCGCUCGUGCCGCAGCUGCGCGUCACGGCGCAGCUCAGCGCGCAGCUCGACGCCGAGCCCGCGCCCGCCGCGCUCUAUCGCUGGAUCAAGGCCAACGUGGAGCCGUCGGUGCGGUCGUGCGGCGCAUUCGUGUCCACGCUGGUGCUGCUGCUGGCCGCGCGGGUGACGGCGGCGGCGGCCAGCGCGGGCGCGGCGCCGGACAAGGCGGCGCUGGAGCGCGAGAAGGCGCUGGUGGAGACCUACGCGCCGCUGCUGACGGCGCUGCUGGCGGCGCGGCAGGACCUGCAGCUGGCCGCCGUCUACGCCGUGCAGGUGCACGCGCACAAACACCGCUAUCCCAAGGGCAUGCUGCUCCGCUGGUUCAUGUACCUGUACAACCUGGAGGUGUGCGAGGAGGACGCGUUCCUGCGCUGGCGCGAGGACGUCACGGACGCCUACCCCGGCAAGGGCGAGGCGCUAUUCCAGGUGAACGCGUGGCUGACGUGGCUGCAGCAGCAGGAGUCGGAGGACGAGGAGGCGGAGGACUGAGCUCCGGGCGCAGCCGCGCAGGCCCGAGGCCGGAAGGACCUCCCAGGCUCUCGGUGACGACUUUACAGUCGCCGCCCUACCGCUUUUAUUUCGCGCUCAUCUCAUUAUAUAAAUAUAAUUAAGCCAAAUAGUUAAAAUACCUACCUUCGUCGCCGUUUAACUCUAGGCCCGUCACGCUCGGGGCUCCAGGGUUAAAUAGGUCAAUUUUUAGGUUAUUACGUAAACGAAUAUUAGUAUCUCGAGAUAAUUUUUUGUAGGCCUUUUACUCGAUUUUGAUACUUUUACAAUUGUAUACAAUGUAUAGUGUUCGUUUGGACGUAUGAUUGCACCCGAUCUGCCCUCUGCCCACGUGAGCGUGUUUUAGUUGAAAUUGUAAAAUAUAUAUAUGAUAUAUAUAUAAAGGAAGAACUUAAAUCAAUUUUUAUUAUUAAUAAUAUCAUGAUCAUUUAUUUUCAAUGCUAAAUGGACUUAGUGAUAAACUGUAAGAAUGCUUCGAUUUCACUAUAAUAUCAAAUUUAGAUUUUUUGUAACUAGAUAAAGAAAACAAAAAAAAAUAUUCCCUCGGGCGUAAGAAUUGUAUGUUGAGUGAGUUGUCAUAAAGUUGUGCAGUAAGGUCACGUUAAGCAACAUUGAUCAAUAUGUAUUCAGAAUGAGAAAUAAAGUUCAGUGUAAUUUAUUAGAA